UGGUAACAGAGUAACUUAGAUCAUGGAAGCGACUGUUUCAAAGAUGUUGACAAUUCGCCAAUUUUUUCCGUUUUGAUUUUGCUUAGUGAUCUAAAGGACGUGACCAGUUAUGUAAUCCGUUGCCCGCUACACAGAGUACAUCAACCGUGUUCACGUGACCAGUCAGAAGGGAAAAGUCUCGAGAAGUGGCCAGACGACGGUGCCAUUGUAGUUGAAAGCCGGAAAAACCUGAUUUUCGGUACAUGUUCAUGUUGAAGUUCAGCUUGUGGCCCAACGAUUCAACAUUUUGAGCACUUUUUUUGUCAUUCUCUGUUGGAAAACACAAAACCCAAGUUGGGAUUGAAGUCCAGGAGGUGGGAGAUAUAUAAAAAAAAUGUCACCUAAUGCAGAGGAUGGGGAUUGGUAUGAUCCAGCACAAGUUAGAAAGGGCGGCCCCAUGAAUGUGAAAGUGCCCAAGAUCGAGGAUCUAUUGGAACGAGAUGGAUAUCUGAAACUUCACGAGAGAGAAAUAAGGCGAAGGUAUGGCAACUUUCAAGACUUCUUGAAUCAAUUGCAAAAGGUUGAAGGUGGGAUUGAGAACUUCUCAACGGGUUUUAAAGACAUGGGUUGUCAUGUGGAGGAAGAUAACACCUUCGUUUGUCGCCAAUGGGCUCCAGGAGCGCAAGACAUGUGGCUUUUUGGUGACUUUAAUGAUUGGAACAAAUACCGCUAUGAGUUCAAGAAGCUCCCCUUCGGCAAAUGGGAGAUCAAGUUGCCUCCUGUUAAUGGAGAGUGUGCCAUAAAGCAUUUGAGCAAGAUCAAAUUGGCUAUCAAAUCGCAAACUGGUGAAGUGGUCGAUCGACUGGACCCAUGGGCAACUUUUGUCUGCCCUCCACCCAAGGGCUCUGGGUACAUCUACAACCAUCACUUUUGGAAUCCUCCCAAGGAACAGGUGUAUAAGGCCAAGAAUCCCAAGCCCAAAAGACCCAAAUCUAUGAGGGUUUACGAAUGCCAUGUUGGAAUCUCCUCUUGGGAGGGCAAGGUUAACACCUACGUGGACUUUGCUGACAAUGUCUUGCCCCGGAUCCAAAAACUGGGCUACAAUGCCAUUCAAAUCAUGGCUGUUAUGGAGCAUGCUUACUACGCAAGUUUUGGGUAUCAAGUCACGUCGUUCUUUGCUGCCUCAUCGCGUUAUGGGACCCCAGAGGAGCUCAAGUAUCUGGUGGACAAGGCCCAUGGAAUGGGAAUCUUUGUCAUGUUGGACGUGGUUCAUUCACAUGCCUCCAAGAAUGUCUUAGACGGCCUCAACAUGUUUGACGGGUCUGAUGCCUGCUUCUUCCAUUCAGGAGCCCGGGGUAACCAUGAACUCUGGGAUUCACGACUCUUUAACUACACUGAAUGGGAGGUACUCCGGUUCCUGCUCUCCAACUUGAGGAUGUGGGUCGAUGUCUAUGGAUUUGACGGCUUCAGAUUUGAUGGUGUCACCUCUAUGUUGUAUCAUAGCCGUGGUCUUGGCCAAGGCUUCUCAGGAGAUUAUAAUGAGUAUUUCGGUAUGAACACCGAUACGGAGGCCUUGGUCUACCUGAUGUUGGCUAAUCAUUUGCUCCAUUCGUUGUCGCCGGAGAUGAUCACAAUUGCCGAAGACGUCUCAGGAAUGCCAGCUCUCUGUAGACCCACUGCUGAAGGUGGGGGUGGUUUCGAUUAUCGGUUGGCCAUGGCCAUCCCUGAUCUCUUGAUCAAGAUGAUGAAGGAACAAAAAGACGAGGAUUGGAAUAUGGGUACACUCAUUCAUACCCUCACCAAUCGGAGAUGGAAGGAAGAUUGCAUUGCCUAUGCCGAAUCCCAUGACCAAGCAUUGGUGGGUGACAAAACGAUUGCCUUUUGGCUGAUGGACAAAGAGAUGUACACAGGCAUGUCGUCCAUGUGGCCCGCCAACGACAUUGUGGAUCGAGGGAUUGCUCUGCAUAAGAUGAUUAGACUUCUCGUUCACGGAUGCGGCGGGGAAGGAUAUCUCAAUUUCAUUGGGAAUGAAUUCGGUCAUCCAGAAUGGUUGGACUUUCCAAGAUCUGGUAACAACGACUCAUAUCACUACGCCAGGAGACAAUUUAAUCUAGUCGAUGAUGAAGAACUGCGAUACAAGUACUUGGCUGCAUUUGAUGCGGCCAUGAACAAAACUGAAGACAAGUUUGGAUGGUUAUCCUCUGAUCCCGCUUAUGUUAGCUGGAAACAUGAAGAAGAUAAGGUCAUUGUCUUUGAGCGGGCCGGUCUCAUUUUUGUGUUCAACUUCCAUCCCAACAAAAGCUUCACUGACUACAAGGUGGGUGCUUGGGAAGGAGGAACUUACCGUAUUGUUCUGGACACGGAUGCGUCCGAGUUUGGCGGCCAUAACCGAUUGGACCACUCCAAGGAGAACGCCACCUUUCCCGAAGGCUACGCUGGACGGCAAAACCACAUGUGCGUCUACAGCCCUUGCAGAACGGCCCAAGUGUAUGCCCGGAAAUGACUUUGAAAGACACUAAAUUUUAUAUGCUCAUGCUCUAUGUAGAAGAGAUAUUAUUGGUAGCAGAAUCUCAACGGCAAUGGAGAUGGAUGACCUUAAACGAAGAAUAUAUCUAGAUUUUACACAA